AUGGCAUCGGCAUCAGUCUCAUCGGGUACAUCGCCGCUCUCGGGCCUCGAAUACGAGUUUCCCCAGGAUUCAACAGGCGAUCAGGAUGAAGCCUUUUGGACGGCGAUCAGCAACCCCAGUUCCGGAUCACUCGGGCUCUUGUCCAGCCCGGCGCACAGCUUAGGGAGUUCAUGGGCCGUUCUACAAAAUGGCCAACUUGUCGAGUUGCAACAACCUUCACCGGCGGCUCUGCCAUCGCCUUUACAUGGAGAGUUCGACCAGCUGAGCCCUUAUUCAACAGCCGUCGAGCAGAGCAGGAGUGGUGUGUAUGGAGACGUGAGCUUCUUCCACGGGCUGGAUAAUCACGGACUGGAGAACCAUGGACUGGGCAACCAUGGGUUGGAGAACCAUGGACUAGACUUUUUGGCUCCAGCCGACGCGCCAGCUGAUCUCGUGUUUGAUCAGUUCAAUGGUGAGGAGUUCGACCCCGUGUUCAACCACUUCUCCUCCACCAGCAUACUCGAGGAGCAACAACCACUAGAGACGGGCGGCUUUGAGAACCCGCAGUCGGGUAUCAACGUGCCACCAUGGGAGCACGUUAACCUUAGGGUCAACCAAGAGAUCAACUCCCACGCCCACACUCACGCCCACGCUCACACCCACUCCUAUGCCCACACCAGCAACAGCAACAACACCCCCCCGCCCGCCAACGAAGCCUCCCCGAUCUUCAUAAUCGAAGACCCGAGUUUCGUCUCGCGGUCCCCGUCCCACGCCUACUCCCCCUCCCUCCACUCCGUCUCCGUCAGCCCGCCCCCCACCGGCAGCCCACACUCCCCAGCGCAGCAGAUCAAGUUCGAGCCAGGCCUCCCCGACCGGCGCAGAUCCCCAACCUCCGCGCCCACCUCGGCCCCAAAAGCGAUCCCCGCCUCCCGCAAACUCAACACCACCAACCGCGUCCAAAAACGCCGAACCCCCCCAACCGCCCCGCACCCCUCACCCACCUCCGCCUCCCCCUCAGGCUCCUCCUCCUCCAGUUCCUCCGCGGCAUCCGCAUCCGCCGCCUCCAAAUUCCUCAUCGUGACCCCCUCCUCCAUCACCCUCAACACCGCCACCCAACCCAACCUCAACCCCUUCGACUGCGUCGACGCGCUGGCCCGGGGCCCGACCCAGCGCGGGCGCAAGGGCCCGCUCGCGACCGACACCAAGCAGUCGGCGCUGGUGGUGCGGCGCAUGGGCGCCUGCUUCAGCUGCCACGCGCGCAAGGUGCGGUGCGACAAGGAGCGGCCGUGCCGCAACUGCGUGCGCCUGGCGGGCUCCGUGCCGCAGGUGGUCUGCUGGCAGUUUGGGGAUUUUACGAGUAUCCUGUUUCCGGGGUUUAUUAGGGGGCAUUUGAAGAGGGAGGAGGUGGUAAGGUUUGUGGAGGGGAAUGUGGAGUGUUUUAGUGUGGGUGGCGUGGAGGUGCCGUGUACGGUGGCGUUGGUGUCUGGGGUCGGGUUUGGGAGGAAGAGUGUGUUGGAGGUGAGGGCGAAGUUCUUUACGGCGCGGAGCCCGGAUGUGCUGCAGCAUUGGCAUAUGCAGAUGGGGAGGAAUGGGAUGGAUCUGGCGUCGCGGGGUGCGGCGCCGAUCGGGUUGGAGAUGCCUAGGGGAGAAGGGGGGAAGGAGGGUGGGGAUGGGCAGAAGGGGGAGCUCAAGAGGAAGCUGAGGGAGUAUAUCCAGGCCCUGGUGGACGAGCCGCGGUUUGCGGAGCUGGUCACGCCGGCGCCGCAGCAUACGGAGCUGCCGAGGAAGGUGUUGCGCAUCGUGCACGACUACGCCCACCGGUGCGACGUGCCCAUGGUCCGGCGGGCGCUGUCCAUCUAUGCGAUGCACUUCGUCAUGACGAGGCACCUCUGCCUGACACAGGAGAACAUCGUCGACCUCCAGUCGACCGGGCUGGUGCCGCAGGGGGUGCCCUGGGUGACGCCGCGGGUGCUGAACCGGCAGAUCAAGGCCGUCGUCGACGAGAUGCUGUGCCGCGAGAUGCAGCUGCUCUUCGAGAACUUCAGCAAGUCGCUCAAGCCCAAGCUGCGCAGGGAGUGGGCGCCGUGCCUGGCGUCGUUCCUGGUGCUGUGCCUGUUCAUGGAGUCGGUCGAGAUGGCGGCCGACAUGUUCGUCAUCUCGGACAACGAGAUCAACCUGCGGAGCCACUACGCCCCCGCGUGGCAGCGGUCGUUCGUGCUCGGGGUCAACCGGGAGAUCGAGAACAUGCCCUUCAAGCAGUUCGCCUUCCAGUUCCACCAGAUCUACCAAACGCAUUCGCGCGACGCGGCUGCUCGCAGCUUCAACCCUCUCAUCGAUGAUGCCUGCUUUGAGCUGGGCGAGCUAGACCGCGAGGCGGGCGACAUGGUGCGGGAGCUGAGGCGCUUCAUCGAUGAUGACUGGUCUGAACUGGACUACUUGACGGCGGACCCGAUCCUGCCCAACAUCGAGGACCACCCGUACCCUCGCAACGUGGCCUACAACUACACCGGCAGGCUGGUCGCCAAGUUCUUGCUCUCAUUCACCGACGAGAAGUACAUCUUUGACGGGAAGACGUAG